AUUGCCUAAAAAAAAGAAGUUAGAAGAGCAUGAGAGAAGGAGCUUGUUAAAUAUUGAAUGACUACCAUGUAAAUAACUUGUGUCUAUCAUAUGUCUCAAAAUGUUUCUCUUAUGAUAAUUUGAUUUGGUGGAUUUCAGAUCGGAUUGUGGUUCAUGAUUGUCCUACCUACAACAAUAAUUUUGAGGACUUAAGACAGAUCCAUUUUUUGUGUUAUACACACUCUACAGGCAGAGCUUCAUCUUUCUUAUUCGAAGUUAGGGUUUUGAAGAUGAUUGUCAAGCGGAGUAUGAAAACCGGAAUAAAGCACAAACGGUGUAAGCCAAAAGACCGCGAGAACCCCGCGAUUCAAAUUCCGAAGAAGCGGAAAGUGAAUGAGCUUUAUUCUGCUGAAGGGGUGUCUGAAUCCAGUGCGGUCGAGUCUAAUUCAAAUUCCGUAGACUUGAAUGGCACAAUUAAAUUUCAAACCGCGCAAUCGGAAGAAGUUCAGCUUCAAGUUCAACCCCGGUCUUCCAGUGGUCGCGCUCAGAAACUUCCUCGCAAGUUCAACGAUUCAAUUCUCUACAAUCACUUCGGGUUUCAAGAUGAGAACGCUUUACAAGAUGUUGACAAGAGAAGUAAAAGAGAUUCUAUUCGUUUUUCACAUUCUGCUGAGUUUGACCGUUUUGAGUAUUCCGUUAAGACCGUUAAAACGAUGGUUAAUGGAAGUCGUUCAUUAUUGGUUAAAGAAAAGAGUAACGCUCCUGGACUUAGUUCCAAUAUUGAGGGUGUGGAUGGAAUUGAUAAAAGGAAGAAGGACAUUUACAGAUUAGAAGAAUUUUCUCUGGAUGAUAUAGUUUGGGCAAAAUGUGGGAAGAGCUACCCUGCUUGGCCUGCCCUAGUGAUUGAUCCAUUCUUGAAAGCUCCCAAAUCCGUCUUGAGCCUUUGUGUUCCUGGUGCACUCUGUGUUAUGUUUUUUGGUUAUUCUAAAAAUGGAAAACAAAGGGACUAUGCGUGGGUGAAGCAAGGGAUGAUAUUCCCUUUCUUGGAAUUCAUGGACAGAUUCCAGAGGCAGAUCCGAUUGUACAAAAGUAAAGCAAAUGAUUUUCAAAAGGCAUUAGAGGAGGCAAUGUUGGCAGAAGAAGGCAUUUUGGACUCACACUUGGGAGCUGAGCAAAUUAUGGAGGGUGCAGAUUCCUGUGUUGGCCAUGAUUACCAGGAACAUUCCUAUCAAGACCAGGAUACAAUAUCUUGUGCUGGCUGUGGUUUGAUGUUGCCAUGCAAAACCAUGAAGAAGAAUAAGGACUCGAGUGCUCCUCAGCACUAUUGUAAGCCCUGUGCAAAGUUGCUAAAAUCAAAACAAUAUUGUGGCAUUUGCAAAAAGAUUUGGCACCAUUCAGAUGGUGGGAAUUGGGUAUGCUGUGAUGGUUGUGAUGUUUGGGUGCAUGCUGAGUGUGACAAGAUUUCCAGCAAACUUUUCAAGGAUCUGGAAAAUAUGGAUUACUAUUGCCCAGAUUGCAAGGGAAAAUUCAAUUGUAAAUUAUCAACAUCACAAAGAUACAAGUCAAAAAUUAUAUCAACGGAGAAUAGCCAAAAACCUGUAUUACCUGAAAAUCUAGCGGUGGUAUGCAAUGGCAUGGAAGGAAUCUAUUUUCCAAAACUUCAUAUGAUUAAGUGCAAGUGUGGCUUGUGUGGUUCAAGGAAGCAGGCACUUACUGAAUGGGAAAGACAUGCAGGUUGCAAAGCCAGAAAAUGGAAAUAUAGUGUGAAAGUAGAAGGCACAAUGCAACCACUAAUAAAAUGGAUCAUUGAACACAAUCCCCAAGCUGGAAUCCCGCAGCAGUUAGAUCAGCAACAAAUACUCAACCUUUUGCAAGAGAAGUACGAACCAGUUCAUGCAAAGUGGACAACAGAAAGAUGUGCCAUUUGCAGAUGGGUUGAAGAUUGGGAAGAUAACAAAAUUAUUAUCUGUAACAGGUGCCAAAUUGCUGUCCACCAAGAAUGCUACGGGGCAAAGAAUGUUCAGGACUUUACUUCCUGGGUUUGUAGAGUCUGUGAAACUCCUGAUGUUGAGAGAGAGUGUUGCCUCUGCCCAGUAAAAGGUGGGGCUCUGAAGCCAACUGAUGUCGAGAUGUUGUGGGUUCAUGUAACAUGCGCUUGGUUUCGGCCUGAAAUUCUCUUCCAAAAUCACGAGGCAAUGGAACCGGCCUCUGGAAUCCUUAAGAUUCCUCCAAAUUCCUUCAAGAAGACUUGCGUGAUCUGUAAACAAAGCCACGGUUCCUGUACAAGUUGUUGCAAAUGUGCUACAUAUUUUCAUGUGAUGUGCGCGUCAAGAAUGGGAUAUGGCAUGGAAUUGCAUUCGACAGAAAAGAAUGGGACUCAAAUAACGAAGACGCUAAUAUAUUGUGCAAUUCACAGGGUCCCAAACCCGGAUUCAGUACUGGUUGUACAUACACCCACGGGCGUAUUCUCACCGAGAACUUCGCUUCAAAAUCACCCGGGGUGCUUCAGGGGAUCAAGGCUGGUUUCAUCAAACGAUGUAGAACUCCUUGAACCUUCAACCUCUGAUAGUCACGAGGUUGACCCACUGUCUUCUGCCAGGUGUCGUGUGUACAAAAGGUCUUCCAAUAAGAAGGAUCAUGCGCCAAUACUGCACUUGCUUGGGGGGCCAAUCCUUCAUUCUUUAAGCGCAAUAUCUCAAUUGAACAGCAAUAAGGAUGCUCAAGUGUUUUCUUCUCUUAAGGAACGUCUUCACCAUUUACGGAAAACAGAAAUUCAAAGAAUUUGCCUAGGAAAAUCAGGUAUUCAAGGAUGGGGCCUCUUUGCUCGUAGAGAUUUACAAGAAGGAGAAAUGGUUGUUGAAUAUCGUGGUGAGCAGGUACGGCGUAGUAUUGCUGACCUAAGGGAGGCAAAGUAUCGUUCAGAAGGCAAAGAUUGUUAUCUGUUCAAGAUUAGUGAGGAAGUUGUAGUUGACGCAACGGAUAAGGGCAAUAUUGCACGUUUAAUAAACCACUCUUGCAUGCCAAACUGCUUUGCAAGGAUUAUAUGUUUGGGUGAUCAGGAGAGCCGGAUUGUUCUUAUUGCCAAGACCAAUGUUUCAGCUGGUGAAGAACUAACGUAUGAUUACUUGUUCGAUCCAGAUGAGCGGGAUGAACUCAAGGUUCCCUGUCUCUGUAAAGCCCCUAAUUGCAGGAAAUUUAUGAACUAGGUUCUACAUUGUUUCUGCUCGAGGAGCCAUUGCAGUUACCCAACCCUGGGGAAUUAUUUGUUUAUUCUUGUAAUUUUUAUUUUUUAUUUUUUAUGUUAAAUUAAUUUGUAUACCAUUUGAUUUACAUAAUAAAGAAAAGAGGAAAAAAUUGCUUAUAAGGAGUAGGAUGCUUUUGCUGUAA